CAGGUUUGCCGUGUGUGUUUUUCAAUUGUUCCUGCCUGCCCUUUCACUCUCGCAAUUCAUUCACAUGAGCACAUGUCACGCUAAUUCCAGUCUGACUCAGUUUGAAAAAUUCUACGGUCGGAUUAAUCCAUUACCUUACUGUCAUACAUACAUACAUCCGACUACACUAGACCUUGAUCGGAUAGAGCUAGCUACUACAGCCUCAUGGACGACAAGAUCAAAGGCGCAGAUAGCGCGACAGAGGGCGAGAAGGGAAUUUUCCAUGAUACACAUUCCGCUGCCUCAGGUAGCAGCGACCUCGAGAAAGGCGCCGAUGUCAGAGCUGGAACUACAGCACAGCUCAAGCGGCGGCUGCAAUCCAGACACCUUCAGAUGAUUGCGAUAGGCGGCACGAUUGGAACUGGUCUCUUUAUCGGAUCUGGUGGUGCGCUUGCGAAGGCAGGUCCCGCCGGUGCUCUGAUCGCAUAUGCGUUCGUUGGAACUCUGGUCUACUCCGUCAUGGUCGCGUUGGGGGAGAUGGCGACAUACAUUCCCAUCUCAGGUGCUUUCACGGUUUACGCCUCGAGGUUCGUGGAUCCUUCGUUGGGAUUCGCGAUGGGUUGGAUUUACUGGUUCUCGUGGGCUAUCACUUACGCUCUUGAAUUGACGGCUUCGGGGUUGAUUAUUCAGUACUGGGCGCCGGAUCUCAACGUCGGGAUUUUCAUCGGCGUCUUUUGGGUUGUUAUUACCGCGAUCAAUUUCUUGCCCGUCUCGUGUUAUGGAGAGAUCGAGUUCUGGUUCGCUUCGAUCAAGGUUGUGACGGUUAUUGGCUUCCUCAUCUUCGCCAUCUGCAUUGAUGCUGGUGCUGGACAGCAUGGAUAUCUCGGCUUCAAGACUUGGGACAAUCCUGGAGCUUUUGCUGCGUAUCUUGUCGAAGGCAACCAGGCGCUCGGCAAAUUCGUUGGUUUCUGGGCUGUUCUGAUUCAAGCCGGAUUCUCGUACCAGGGAACUGAGCUGGUCGGUAUCGCUGCUGGAGAGACCGCCAACCCACGCAAGUCCGUUCCAGCUGCCAUCAAGAAGACCUUCUACCGAAUUCUGUUCUUCUUCGUCUUCACAGUCUUCUUCAUCGGCCUGCUGAUCCCAUACGACAACGAAGAUCUGCUCUCGGACAGCACUGACGCGUCCGCAUCUCCACUCGUCAUUGCUGCUAAGCUCGCCGGCGUCAAUGUCCUUCCCGGCCUGAUCAAUGCCGUCCUGCUCUGCGUUGUCCUCUCAGCCGCCAACUCAAACGUCUACUGCGGCUCUCGUAUCCUCGUGGGUCUGGCAGAAGAGCGCUCAGCACCAUCGUGCUUCAAAUGGACCACUGCACAAGGUGUUCCGUGGGUCGCCGCCGCAUUUACUGCCGCUUUCGGUCUUCUCGGCUUUAUGAAUGAAAGCUCAAGCGGAGCCCAGGUGUUUGACUGGCUUCUCAACAUCACAUCCAUCGCCGGCUUCAUCAGCUGGACCUGCAUCAACAUCUGCCACCUGGCAUUCAUGCGCGCAAUCAAGGCUCGCGGCCAGUCACGAGACGACCUGCCUUACAAGGCUUUCUGGCAGCCCUGGUUCAGCUGGUACGGACUCAUCUUCAACGCCCUCAUCAUCAUCACCAAUGGUUUCACCGCGUUCAUGCCCUGGAACACCUCGGACUUCUUCAUCGCUUACGUCAGUUUGAUCUUGUUCGCGGUCAUGUAUGUUGGCCACAAGAUUGUAUACAGGACCAAGUUUGUCAAGCCUGCUGAGGCGGAUCUUGACACCGGCAGGAAGGAAAUUGAGGAGAUGUAUUUUGAGGAAGUUAAGCCUACGACGUUAUGGGGGAAGUUUUGGGCAUGGCUUGGAUGAGCGUUUAUGAUGUGUGCAAGUAGUAAUGAUGUAUUGAUUAUUAUUAUUAUCUGUUAUGAUGUG